GUCACAUUCAACGCGGAACUAAACCCAUGAGUCAAACAUGUCUGUAUCAAGUGGCACCUACAAACCUGUGAGCUAUGUCAUCUUCGACAUGGAUGGAUUAUUAUUAGACACAGAGCGACUUUACACCUUGACCUUCCAGGAAAUCUGUGAUCGGUUUGGAAAGCAGUACACCUGGGAUGUGAAGUCCAAAGUGAUGGGUAAAAAGGCUCUGGAUGCUGCCCAGAUUAUUCGGGACACUUUGGAACUUCCCAUGACAGCUGAGGAACUUCUCGCUGAAAGCAGACAAAUACAAGAAAGGAUAUUUCCCUCUGCCAAACUCAUGCCAGGUGUGGAGAAACUCGUUCACCAUCUGCAGAAACACAGUAUCCCCAUUGCAGUGGCAACCAGCUCAGCUGGUGUGACGUUCCAGUUGAAGACGAGCCGACACAAAGACUUUUUCAGUCUGUUUGACCACAUUGUUCUGGGUGAUGAUCCUGAGGUGAAGAAGGGCAAACCUCAACCUGACUCCUUCCUGGUCUGUGCCAGCAGAUUCAACCCUCCAGCCUCUCCAGAGAAGUGCUUGGUGUUUGAAGACGCUCCCAACGGCGUGAAGGCAGCACUGGCUGCAGGGAUGCAGGUGGUGAUGAUUCCUGACGACAACCUAGACCCCAGCCUUAUCCAGGAUGCCACGCUGCAACUCAGGAGCAUGGAGGAGUUUUGGCCGCAGCUCUUUGGCCUGCCAGCAUACGACUGAGCCAGAAACUAAUCUAAAACCAAACCAUAUAAUUAGUUCUUUGUGUCGACGACAGUGACGAUCGAGUAGAAAAACAAGCUGAUUGAUUUCCUGCAUUUCUUACCAUGUUGUGGGUGAAUACUGAUGUUUUUUUUUUUCUUGCUAGUUAAUGACAUUCAGCUGUUUUCUGACAGAUGAGACAUCACAUCAGUGAACAAGACCUUUAAGCUGUUAUACCUCCGGCCAAUUUAUUAGCGAUCAAUCUUGUGACUCGUUUUUGAAAGCUUUCUUGAUGUAUUACACAUAUUUUGUCACUCAACCUUAGUUGUGUCCGGAUAUUUAGAUAUCAGAGAUUUUUAAAUAUUUGCAUCCUAAACUUCUGCCACCAUCUUUCUACAAUGGUAGUGACAAGAAAGUCAUUUGUACUGCCUAAAAAGUUAAAAAACUUCAUUGUACUGUGCUGGAGGCAGAAAAAUCAGAGAUCCCAAAACUGACUUACUGUAUGUUUAGCAAGUGCAGUUUGUAGAUCAUUUGUCCAACUGUUGACAUUUGCAUUGUCUUACAUUAUCAAACAUCAAAUCAUGUGCUGUAGUUGCUCAGACCCUCUGAUUUUAAAAAGCUCCACUGUCAUUGGCUGUUUUGCACGGUCAAUCAUAAGUAUACAUUUUCAAAUGAAGUGAGCGUUUAUGCUAUGGCUGGGUAUCGUUCAAAACGUUUCCAUUUACAAUAUGGUGCUUGUGUUUUGGUUAAAUUAGAGACAUAUUCAAUUUUUCCGUACUUUGCAUUUGCAAAUCAAAAAAAGAUCUAGACAGGUUAAAAAUCAAACUGAAUUUGGUUAGACGUUUUUUUGUGUCUAGGUUACAUUAAAUUAUUUGUUCAAGAGCAUUUUAGCAACUCCGUUUCAAUGUGUCUCUCAGACCUGUUUCAUAUUGAAAUAUGAUUAUUUAAAAGCUGUUGAGACAUUACAGUAGAUACUGUAUAUUUAAUGUAGCCUAGUGUUCUGCUACCUCAACCAGACCUGAGCUUUGCACAGCAACAUGGCCCAAUCCCAACCCAAGACCUGAAGCUUUGCUAAGACCUGUUGGGUUUUUGUUAGAUUUCCGCCGUUUUGUGCCUGAAGCUUCAGGUCUUGGGUAGGGUUCGGGUCUCAAAAAUGGUACCGGUCAGGUUCAGUCUGGUUCAGAGCUUAAAGAUACUGGUAUGGGCUGUCAAAUCAGGUUUCACUAAACAAAUCAAAUUUUUGUCCUUGAAAUAGUGAGUUUGCUUGUACAAACAUUUUGAUGGGUUUUGUUUUAGGUUACACUAAGGUUAUUUUUUUUAAGCCUUAGAAAUGAAGAUUGUUGUUUGCAUGUAGUUCUAUUAUUCUGGUAACAUUGUUUCAGAAUUAAGUGCUGCAUGUCAUACCACAGUAACCAUUUUUAGCUGGUCAUUUUUUCAAUCAGAAAACAUUGUCUGGUCAAAGUAGGCGGCUCUUGAACACACACAGUGGAUCAGUUUUGAAUUGCCAAAGACACGACUCUUCUCCUCAGUGUAAUCCACUAAAGAGGCUGCAAAUUGUCUUCACUCUUUUUCAUCUCUGCUCAUGUCUGCCUCUGCACUUACGACAAUACAAAUGUACCCCUUCGUCUUGCCGAGCAGGCUUUAACGGAGGGCCCACUGGAGGAGCCUGGUGGCACAGCUCCCUCAGGCCGCUGAAAUAGGAUUUCACUACUCUCCCAUCCACUUCCCCUCCAUGCCUUCCUGGCCCAUCAUCCUCAAGGAGGGGGUAAUCCCCUCAACUGCUUUUUUUAUUCUUUUCCUUCUCACACACUCAUCACUCUGUAGUUUUACAUAUCAUUCACCCUCUCCUGGCUUGAAAGUGUGGUUCAUUUCUUUGUGUGUGUACAUGUUUGGCUUACAGUCUUAUCACUCUAUGAUUAAAGUGUUAAAAUGAA